AUGGCGAGCUUCGGCGAGAAAACCACCACCUAUGUGGACGAUGACGCCAAAACCUAUGAAAUGGAAACAAUGGUCGAGGCCACGGUCGCUGAGAAGCAUCGAGGCACCAUCACGGAUCGACAUGACAUGAAAGUUCUUGGUAGAGUGCAGGAAUUACGGCGCAACUUCGGGUUCAUGGCCAUUGUCGGGUUUGGCUCAACUCUGAUCUGUACUUGGGAGUUUGUCCUUGCUGGUUCAGUCACGAGCUCCCUCACCAAUGGAGGCACUGCUGGUCUCUUUUGGGGUUACAUUUUAGUGGUGAUUGCAUACUUCCUGGUGUACGCCAGCUUGGCCGAAAUGGCCUCCAUGGCUCCAACUUCUGGCGGUCAGUAUCACUGGGUCUCAGAAUUCGCUCCCCGAAGCUGUCAGCGUUACCUGAGCUAUCUAACUGGAUGGCUGUGCUUUCUUGGAUGGCAAGCUGGCGUUUGCGGAACCGGCUUUCUCGUGGGAACCAUUAUGCAGGGGCUGAUCACUCUCUGCGUUCCCACUUAUCAAGCACAAGCUUGGCACGGAACAAUGAUUGUUAUUGGCGUCGUCUGCUUCACCGUUAUUUUUAACACCUUCCUAGCGAGGAAGCUGCCUUUUGUGGAGGGCAUGCUGUUGAUGUUGCAUAUUGUGGGCUUGUUUGCCAUUAUGAUACCUCUCUUGGUUCUUGCACCCAGAAACAACGCAAAGGCGGCCUUUACCGAGUUCACCAACAACGGUGGUUGGCCUACUAAGGGGGUGUCUUUUAUGGUCGGUCUGAAUGCGAUAGUGGUAACGCUCAACGGGUUUGACAGCACUGUGCAUAUGUGUGAGGAGACCACUAACGCCGCAAUAACAUUACCGAGAACGCUUAUGUUUUCUACGGCUCUCAAUGCGGCGAUGGGCUUUGCCAUUGUGAUCACCAUAAUUUUCACUUGGGGCGACAUGGAGCAGAUCCGCCAGACUCCCACACUCUAUCCCUUUAUUGAAGUCUUCUACAAUUCGACCCGAAGUCUAGCCGGAACUGUUGUCAUGACGGUAAUCAUCAUUCUUACAUUACUUGCAAGUACAAUCGCCGUUACUGCUACAGCUUCCCGACAAAUUUGGUCUUUUGCUCGGGAUAAUGGAGUGCCUUUCUCGGAUGUUAUUUCUCGAGUCUCUCCCGGAUGGAACGUUCCUGUCAAUGCCGUCAUUAUCUCUAUAGUCGUAAGCAUCCUGCUUUCCCUUAUCAAUCUCGGGUCCACCACUGCCCUCAGCGCCAUGUUCACAAUUAGCACCGGCAGUGGUUUGACUUCAUACAUAAUCGCCAUUGGCUCUCUUGUGAUGAAGCGUCUCAGUGGAGAGCCGCUUCCUCUCCGACCAUGGUCACUGGGCCCCUAUGGACUGGCUAUCAACCUUGCAAGUCUUUGCUUCCUUGUGGUGUUUUGGUUCUGGGGCUUCUUUCCCCCGGUCACUCCGGUGGAACCAAAAACUAUGAAUUGGGGUUGCUUAAUAUAUGGAUUCGUGGUCAUCUUCGCUACGAUAUAUUACAUCUUGCAUGGAAAGAAAGUCUACACUCCACCCGUGGACAAGCUACGCAGGUACUUGCAGCAAGAGUAUGAGGGACGAGGACCUCAAGAGGAGGAGGAUGUCAAGAAGGAUAUCAAGAAGGAUAUACUUCUCCUCCAUAUUCUUCUUCAUAUCCUCCUCCAUAUCAAACUCAAUACCAAGCGUAAGAAGGGUGAGAAGAGGUUAAGUUUAGACGAGACCAGAUACUUGCCUCUUGGUUUCGGCUCACGUGGUGCAAUCCGCGUUGGGCGGCUUCUGAAAGAGAGCGAGGUUGAGGAGUUGAAUGAGCGUCAGAAAGCGGUUGUGGAGGAGCUCAAUUCACUGCAAAGUGUGGUGGAACAUGCUGAGAGUCCCCUUGUUGUUGACAAUGAGACGAGCAAUGUUAUUGACAGCAUUGUUGCCUUGUGUGAUGAAGCUCCAGGCAUGUUUGAACGCGUUGAAUCGGCCUACAAGGGUCAGAACCGUGAUCUCGAUAUGUCUAUCGGCGAGGGUCUCGAUGAGAUCAGGAGAUUGAAGCCCCGUCUUGAUCAGUUUGAAGCCGCAAUCCAGGUUCAGCACAAUGCCAUCGAGGGUCUACUCUCUGAGAAUGACACUCUUGCCGAGGCUUACGCCAAGGUAAUGGACUUGACUGCUAAUCUUGCUGUGGCCCAAAAGGCUGCGGCGAGGGCAGCUCAGGAACAUGGCAAUGUUGCGGCCGAAGUUGUGGCCCUCCCUGACAGACACGCUGAAACUCGUGCUGAGCUUGCUGCAAAACUCUCUGACACCCAGCGAGCGAAAAUGCUUGCGGAACCUGAGGCUGUGACGUUGACUGCAAGGCUCUCUGAUGCUCAAAAGACACAGGAAGUUGCAGAUGACGCACGUUUCGACGCUGAGUCCAAAGUGGCGGCGUUGACUCUGGGAGCAAUUCAGGGGAGCACAAUCUCUUCUCUGAAGCAGCUUGUUGAGCAGGCCGAGAAGGAGCGUGAUGGCUUUGCACAGCGUCUUUCCGAGUCUGACAAGCUGAAGCAGCAAUACUGCGGCGUUGAGAUUCCGGAGUUGAAGCGAAAGCUGAUGCUGGUGGAAGUGCAAAACCUGAUGCUCAGGGAGCAGCUGCUUGAGAGUCAAGCAGAGGUUUCGAAGCGUGAUCGCAGGAUCUCUGAGCUUGAAGAUGAAGCUUCGACUCCUUGGAAGGCCGCUAUUGCUGAGUCUGUGUCGCUGCAUGAGGCUCUGAAAGAGCAACGGCAGAAGGCUUCUGACAAUGCUGUGCUUGAGCGUCAGCUUGAGGCGUUGCAGAGGCAGAAAGGCGAAGAACUCGGGCAGGCUGCUGCGCGUGUGGAGGCUGCGACUCGUGAGAACGAGGAACUCGGAAAUCGAGUUUCCCGUAUCACUGCGGAUUGCGACUCCUUGCGUGAGGUUAACGACCAGCUUAGGACUGACCUUGGACGUCUUCAGGCGACCAAGAGGAAGUCCGACGCUCAGCUUGAUAGCCAGCUUACGAGUAUGAUGCCAAACCGGAAGCGAAGGCGAGUAGCAUCUGGCGAGGAGUUUGUUGAGGACCUCGAUGACUUGGAAAAGCUGAUGGAGAACCUGCGAAGGUUUCUCUAUGGAAGCGUACUCUUUCCUAUGCACAGGGCCUGGGCUGCUGGGGAGCCAGACCUGCUGGGUGCAAUGGAGAGCAUACAAGCAUUGCAGGCGAUCGAUCUAGAGCGCAAAGCAGUCGAUUGGCUGAAGGCGCUUUCGGGGCUUGCUAAAAGUUCUCUGCAAGGGCGUCCUUGUCGCGAGCAGAUGUUUUGGCUCUUCGCUCAGAGCCAUCGCAAGGAUGGGCAAGUGUCUCUGGACGACGUCUAUACUCUUGUCGCUGGCAUGACUGAUGUUGGGACUGUACAAGUGGUUUUGGGCUUGCUGCAGAUCUUCAUCCAGAAGAUGGUGGAAAGCUUGACCUCUGUAUGGGAACCUUCGUCUAAUGUCUCUGCCGUGAUGAUCCUGCUUCGAUGCAUUGAGCUCUUCUACCGACAUCUUGCAGGGAAGAAGACGAUGCUUCAUCGCGUGCGGAGUGCCUUCGAGCAGAUGCGACCGGUCAUCGACAGAUUACGGUCGCAGUCGGUCCUGGUUGCUGGUCUUGCUGAUUGGCUCGAUGACGAAUUGACCCUUGAGAAAGAAUCGUAG